UAUUUACUUGUUGGCAUUAUUUGUGUUAGAUAGAACGAUCGCAAGUGCCGCCAAUUUCUUUUAAUAAUCAUCGUUGAUUAGCACUGAUCGGUGGUUGUGUAUUGCCUGUGUGUGAUCAUGGCUUCCGCGGUGUUUGGUGCAUCCAAAACUAUACAGAGGUUACAAAGGAUUUUCCAGAGAACUUAUUCAGAUGCCAAAUAUCCUCAAAUUACAACUCAUUAUACAGUAAUACCCAGAGAAACAGAUUCAAGAUGGAAAGAUGUAAGCAUGGAAAGAUAUGUGGACGAAACCGAUAUUCUAAUUGUCGGUGGUGGUCCAGCUGGAUUAUCAGCAGCUAUUCAGGCUCGUAGACUAGCUGAGAAACAUGGCAAAGAACUCAAAAUUACUCUUGUUGAAAAGGCAUCUACCAUCGGUGGACAUAUCCUUAGUGGUGCUUGCUUGGAUCCAAUCGCUUUAAAUGAACUCUUUCCAAAUUGGAAAGAAUUAGGUGCACCGUUAAACACUCCUGUUACAGAAGAUAAAUUUGCCUUUCUUACUGAAAAUAAAAGGCUAUCCAUUCCUAUUUUUAAAGGAAUGCCAAUGUACAAUCAUGGAAAUUAUAUAGUAAGAUUAGGACAUGUUGUAGCAUGGCUAGGCGAACAAGCAGAAGCUGCUGGUGUCGAGAUAUAUCCUGGCUAUGCAGCGGCAGAGGUUCUGUAUCACGAAGAUGGAUCAGUUAAAGGGGUGGCCACGAAUGAUGUUGGUAUUGCUAAAGAUGGUUCGCCCAAAGAAACGUUUGAACGGGGUAUGGAACUUCAUGCAAAAUGUACCAUAUUUGCAGAAGGCUGUCACGGUCACCUGACAAAACAAGUGUCAACGAAAUUGAAUCUUAGAAAGGAUUGUGAGUCACAAACGUAUGGCAUCGGGUUGAAAGAGAUUUGGGAGAUAGAACCAAGCAAGCACAGACCCGGAGCAGUCGAGCAUACAAUUGGCUGGCCACUUAAUAGAAAUACAUAUGGCGGAUCAUUUUUAUAUCAUCUGAACGAAGAAACACCACUGGUUGCAGUAGGUUUUGUUGUGGGAUUGGAUUACACUAAUCCCUAUCUGUCUCCAUUCAAAGAAUUUCAAAGGUUUAAGCAGCAUCCUAGUAUUAAACCAACGUUUGAAGGAGGGAAGAGAAUAGCCUAUGGCGCGAGAGCUUUAGUAGAAGGUGGAUUCCAAUCUAUUCCCAAGCUUCAAUUCCCCGGUGGUUGCCUUAUCGGAUGUACCGCAGGCUUUUUAAACGUGCCUAAGAUUAAAGGAACUCACAACGCUAUGAAAAGUGGCAUGCUCGCUGCAGAAAGCGUUAUUGAAGCAAUUAUAGAUGCAGAAAGUAACACUUCGCCGACAAAAGGCUUAGAACCGAAAACGUACGCAGAUAAAAUAAAGAACAGCUGGAUUUAUAAGGAGCUGAAAGCUGUAAGAAAUAUGAGGCCCAGUUUUCAUACCUCUCUCGGGCUUUAUGGCGGUUUAAUGUACUCGGGUUUUUCCAUGUUGGUGGGCGGAAAGGAGCCGUGGACUUUCUCCCAUGGAGGUCCUGAUUAUAAGAAGUUGAAAUCGGCAGCUGAGUCGACGCCUAUAGUAUAUCCUAAACCGGAUAAUGAAGUAUCCUUCGAUCUUCUGUCAUCGGUGGCUCUAACAGGCACCAACCACGAAGCUGAUCAACCAGCCCAUCUAACUUUGAUGGACGAUACCGUUCCAGUGAAGAGGAAUUUAGCUGAAUUUGCUGGCCCGGAAGGACGAUUCUGCCCUGCUGGUGUUUACGAAUUCGUGCCGUUAGAAAGCGGGGACGGUGAACGAUUGCAGAUCAAUGCGCAGAACUGCAUCCAUUGUAAGACUUGCGACAUCAAGGAUCCGAGCCAGAAUAUCAAUUGGGUCGUGCCGGAGGGCGGUGGCGGACCAGCCUACAACGGCAUGUAAAAUAAAUUGACUGAUUGUUUGAAUCUUUUCGAAUGCGUAAUAUUUGAUGGUUUAUUUUAUCGUUCAAUAUCGGUUUCAUAUCUCUUCUGCUGGGAGGAUAGAUACAUUAUGGCAUUGUAAUCGUGUUUUUAAUCCUGCGAAUAGGUGGAUUUUUUCCAAUUACGCUGAAUUUUGCUUAUUAGAUUCGAUAACAUAGAUAAUGAUAUAUUCAUUGAAUACAUGAAAUUAUUUCUGUUCCGAAUGUAUUGAUACGGUUACGGGAUUAAUUUCGAUCAAUAGAAGCGGGCUAUCUAUCUUUUCUAUUCAUACUCGCACACACACGUCGAUUUCGUAACAGUAUAUAUAACUCUUCGUCCAUCGGGACAGUUUGCAAGAUUUAUCGUUUGCCGGGAUAAUGGUUAUUGGACCGUACGUAUCGUUGAACAGAUUGGAAAACAUCACGUGGCGCAUUAAUUUGGUGAGAACCUCGAAAAGCUGCGCGUUCUUUUCACGACACUUUUAUUAAAUAUUUCUUCAGAUAUAGAGAGGGAUGUUUUUGACGUUGUUUACGUGACAGUGUAUUGUUAUUACUUUUUGAUAGAAUUUAUAUAAAUGGCCAAUUUGUAUAUU